AUGAUCGAAUUUGUUCUUCUUGUAAAUAAACAAGGCCAAACCAGGCUUGCCCAAUAUACUAGAUUUAAAACAAUUAAUGAAAGAACUGCUUUGGAAGGAGAAAUUGUUAGAAAGUGUUUGAGUAGAAAUGAAGAUCAGUGUUCCUUCAUUGAACAUAUGGGGUAUAAAUUAAUUUACAGAAGAUAUGCCUCUCUAUUCUUUAUUGUUGGAGUUGAUAGUCAUGAAAAUGAGCUUGCAAUUUUGGAAUUUAUUCACUGCCUCGUAGAAACUUUUGAUAAAUAUUUUGAAAAUGUGUGUGAAUUGGAUGUAAUGUUCAAUCUUGAAAAGGCCCACUUUAUUGUUGAAGAAAUGGUUGCUAAUGGAUGUAUUACUGAAACCAAUAGAACAAACAUUUUGGAAACUGUGCAAAUGAUGGAUAAGCACACUCAAUAA